AAUGUCACUCCUUUUUCCACUGUGGUCUGUGUGUCUGAGUCAGAGAGAGCCUACAACAGCGUUCUUUGAAUUGAUGGCUCACUCCCAGCCACUCUUGACUGACUGCCAGCUUAGCAGGGCGUAGCUUACCAACAAAAAAAAUUUUUUUUAAAGCCAGACUGAUUCAUAGAAACUCCUUUAAAACACAGUGAAAAGAAACCGCCCAUCACACACCCCAGCACACCAGCAGAGGAAACUUAUAACCUCGGGAGGCAGGUCCCUCCCCUCAGUGCGGUCACAUACCUCCAGAAGAGCGGACCAGGGCUGCCGCCAGUGCCUGCCACUCAGAGUGCCACCGUCCCUGGGACCCUCCAGAAAUCUCUUCGCUUACAAGUUACCAAAAAAAUCAAGAUGUUGGUCUUACUGGCUGGUAUCUUUGUGGUCCACAUUGCCACUGUUAUUAUGCUGUUUGUUUCCACCAUUGCCAAUGUCUGGGUGGUUUCAAGUGUUGCAGACGCAUCAGUAGGUCUUUGGAAAAACUGUACCCGUGGUAGCUGCGAUUAUGCCCCAUCAUAUGCCAAUGAAGAUGCUCUCAAGUCAGUACAGGCCUUCAUGAUCCUCUCCAUCAUCUUCUCCGUCUUCUCCCUUGUGGUCUUCGUGUUCCAGCUCUUCACCAUGGAGAAGGGAAACCGGUUCUUCCUCUCAGGGGCCACCAUGCUGGUGUGCUGGCUGUGCAUUAUGGUUGGGGCAUCCGUCUACACUCAUCAUUAUGCCAGUGGUCAAGACACCUAUUACCCGGAGAGUCACCAUGGCUAUUGCUUCAUCCUGACCUGGAUCUGCUUCUGCUUCUGCUUCAUCAUCGGCAUUCUCUAUCUGGUCUUGAGGAAGAAAUAGGGCUGAACGAGUUCAGGGGGAUCUGGGGGGUGGGGAGGAGGAAGCUAUUGAAUUUGGGAGGGAAGUGGAAUUUGCUGUGCUGGGAGGAAAAACCAAGAUGGGGAGUGG